CCAAAACACCCGUGCUCUGUCAUUUACCCCACACUAAAUCACUAACCAUUAUAACCAUUAACCCUUUCUUUCUCUGUUUCCUCUGUUUCUCUCCCUCCAUAAAUACCCCAAAACAUCCCAUCUUCUUUCCCACCUCCACUUUCCUCUCUUCUUCGUUGUUUUUUGUAUCUCCCCAACCAAAAUGGCCAUCAGAAAGUCCACCAAAAUGCCACAGACCGCAGUGCUGAAGCAGAUGCUGAAGCGCUGCUCCAGCUUGGGGAAGAAGCAGCAGCAGUACGACGAACAGGGCCUCCCUUUGGACGUCCCCAAGGGCCAUUUCGUGGUGUACGUAGGAGAAAAUCGAAGCAGACACAUUGUCCCCAUCACAUAUUUGAAUCACCCACAGUUCCAAAUCUUGCUCCAACAAGCAGCUGAUGAAUUUGGGUUCGAUCAUGACAUGGGCCUCACCAUUCCCUGCGAUGAACACUUCUUUCAGUCCCUAACAUCCACCCUUCGAUGAACUCUUAUUAUAUUUCUCCUUUUUUUCAUUUUCUUUUCUCCUUUUUUUCAUUUUCUUUUCUCCUUUUUAGGCCGGCCAAAAUGAUGAAGCUGCUUCUCUGCUUCUCUGCCAUAUAAUAUUGUUAUGUUCUUCUCCAUUUUUCUUCAUUUUAUUUCAUAGUUGAUGGAGAAAUUGAAAGGGAAGAAGAACCCACGAUUCCGUAUGACUGAAAAUGUAAGUAAAAUUAGUUUGGGGAAAUGGAAAUUUGAGUCAAUCA